AUGAGACGCACGAAGUAUGAGAAUUGCGGCGCCGGCGCGCGCGCGCGCCGGCGCGCGCAUCGGAGCUCCUUUACGGCAUCGUUUGCGAUAGUGAUCGCCUCAAUCGUGAUCGUCUGGCGUGUCUCCGGUGUGUUGGGGGGAUCGUCGUCUUCACCGCCACCACCACCUCAAGCCUGUCACGGCGGCUGGUCGACCACGGUGCGGUGUCCAUCCCUAUGCUGGAGGCCCGAGGACACUUAUACGGAAAAGUAUUCGAUACACGUGCACGCAAAACACGGCGGAGAUGCUUGCCCCUAUGGAAAUGGACACACGCGCACGUUAAAAUGCCCAAAGGGCCACAUGUCCGUCUGUCCACCACCCCCGGCGCCGCCGAGUCCGCCACCGCCGCCGAGCCCGCCGCCGCCGCCGAGCCCGCCGCCGCCGAGCCCGCCGCCGCCGCCACCGAGUCCACCCCCACCGAGCCCGCCGCCGCCACCUGGUAUGGGGCAGACAGCUGAGGUGGUUUUCGGAUCAGCGGUUGCACGCAUCGCGAGUUACGCGCACGAUUUUGAAAUUGCGGUACACCAUCCCAGUUGUGACGAGGCAAACGACUGCUUCAGUAGUCACAAUGAAGAAAGCGUGAGUAAUCACGUAUACGGAUUAAAGUGCUCCGUGACCGUGAAAGAAGACGGUAAAUCGUGUCCUACAUACGGCGAACACCUCCCGUGCAGACGCUGGGAUGACUUCUAUCCCAGAACGCUUGCCCUGAUGACCACGGAUGGAAAGCACGCCACCGGCAAGCACACCAUCGACUGGGAGUGCUACUUCGCGACUCCGAAUGGCAAAGUCCCGAAUUCUUCGACGAAGGGAAGUCAUGCGUUUGAAGUGAUUCCGGGUUGCGAUAUUUACAUGCCGUCGGGCGCCGACGACAGCGACACGUCGACAAAGACCACGAUGGCUCACCAAGAGCUCGUCAAGUACAUUCUCUUGAGUCAUGAUUCGUUUCAAAACGUCAAGUGUACCACACAUGAGAUUUACCGUGUGAAAGAGGAGCUAUUUCGAAAGUAUGAUGACGAUCCUUUGGACGGCGUGCUUUCGGUUGCCGAGUUACGAACGCUCCUCAUCGACCAGAGCGCAUCAACACACAUCCUGGAUCACUGGAAUUCAGAGUUCAAAACGAAAACAUCUGGACAAGAUGUGAAGGUAACGAUCGUCGAUAUGAUGGAGACAGAAGUCUACCCAUUCAAGUGCCAGGGAGAGUCUCCGAACAGCAUGAGCCCAAGCGCCGUCACGUACCCAACCAAGGAUUGGAAAACCGAGGAGGCGUGUACGAACGAUCUCCGCGAGCUCACCACAAAGUGGUCGUACACCACUCUGCCCGAUCACGAUGACUUUAUUUGCGCGUACGUCGAUGGUGUUUUGUUCGACCAGAUGAGCGUAGAUCGCAAUAACCCCGGAGAGGUGACGCACACGAAGCUUCCGAACAAUGUGUACGCACCCACAGCCUUCGUCGAUAUCCGGCCAACCACGAGCGAUUUCUUGGAUGAGCACGACUCCCUCGUCGCAUCUUUCGCGUUUGACGAAGAGGUUCUCGAGGACGGUACGAUGGUCUCGACCUCGCCGCGAGUUGGCGGGCAAUCGGCAAUGCCGAUGAAAUUGGUGCCAACGGCGAACACGCGAACGAUCGCCACGUGCCACCUUGGAUUUGGCUUCAUGUGCAUGAAGCCUGCGCAGAGUGCCGAUUAUUCAUACUCUUUGAAGACAUCUGACGCCCUUGGCGAUAACAUCGCGAUGAGCGCUUGGGUUCACGUUCCAGAGUCUAGAUGCGGCAGUCCCAAAGCCGGUUCGGAUACGUCGAGGAUGAUGCUCGCGCAGUUUGAUGGGCUGAUCGAAAGCCGCGAGCACAGGUUUGAAGUUUACUUAAAGCCGAGCAACAAGGAUACGUGGCAUUUGACCGCUUCUUAUUCGACGCGUCCUCGAGGCAAGGGACCGUAUACCGUAUCGAUGCAGAAACAGCACGCCAUGAAAUGCGACGGGGAAUGGCAUCUUGUCGCGUUUACAGUCAACAAAGAAAGUUUCCUUACCCUUUACGUCGACCCGACGGCCGAUCAGAAAGCGACGACGACAUCGCAGGGGACGUACACUCGUGAUACUGCGUGGCCGGUUGAAAAAAUGAGCUCACUAGAUGAGGUCACAAUGCUAGGCGCCGUAGAUGUCGAAGUCGACGACGUCCGUGUCUACACCGGCGUCGUGCGAGAUGCGACGUUCAUAGACACCUCGAGGUGUUCGCAUCACAGGCGCUGCGCCUACCGCGCGUACGCUUCCGCGAAGUCAAGGCGUGUCGUGUGCCUAAGUGGCGUUAUUUCCAAAGCUGACAAGGCAACGUACACCAAGUACGCAUGCGUUGGAGGGCUGUAUUACGACGGCUCUCCUGUGGAUGUCUCGGCAAGAUUUGAUGUCGCUGGGGUCGUGUUCAGCUACCGAGACACUUCGUGGGGCGAGCGAAACUUUGAAGUCCUCCGCCGAAACACGUUCAAGGAAACUAUAUCGGACUCGCCAUAUGAAGUGGUUGUUCUCAUAGACAGCGAUUUACAAUACUGUCAUCGUCUUUUCAGUCCUGUUAUUUACAUCGAUCGCGAGGCUGCUGCGUCUCCUGGAUCAACUUGGUUGUACAAAGUGGCAGCGCAAACAUCUACGGGGCGCGUCGUGGUUUCCACUCCAUUCAGUUUUACAACUCCUUGGAGAGCAAACUUGAAGGGGUAUGUGUACGCCGGGAGUUCAACGGUGGCUGUCCCUUACGUGCGCGUGUGCGCCAACUACUACGAACCCGUCGAAUCGAAUGCACAAAGUAUUUAUGAUCCAUCUGAUGUCAGUCAAGUAUUUCCUCGAGCUGGCGAAGCAGACUAUGAGCCCAGUAUCAAUCUGGCCAAAUUUAAGCGCGCGUGGACGUCGACGAAAAAUGUGAAAGCUUACACCCUCACAGAUGGCGAACACAUCGCCAAGGGUAACGAGAUUGAACUAGUCGAGAGCGACUACGCCAUGGUUGAUUUGGGUAGCUGGAGUGCUGUACAGACGGUGCAAGUGUGUAUGGCUGCGCGAUCGCUGAUACAUGCGCCUGAGCUCAUUUCCCUCACGGAGUCGAUGCUAGUUCAUUCUGGCACUCAGGUUGACGAGGACAUGUUCAUCAACCGACCACCGUACUCAAAUGACAUCGUGAGAAAGAUAAAAGAAGGCGUUGUGCUCAAGACUCCGUCGUCCAAACAAAUAAAGCUCAAGCCUGGCGAUACAGUCAAGGUACGUUUUUGGGUUAAAAUUGAUUCAGACGCAAAGGAGGUCAAGGUGCAUUUCGUGGAGCAACAGAGUAACAACAAAUUGGGUAAUUCGCUCGUCGUGAAGCCGAAGCGUGCGCAGUGGUUCAAGGUGGAACACAGAUAUGAAACGAAAAGUACCGUUGACGUGGGUUUCAUGAUCUCAAGUGAAGGCUCUGGUUCUUACUACCUCACGGACGUCGACUGUCGCAAAAACACGCUGACGUCAAACAUGAAGGGGAUCGAUGCGUCGAGCGCGUCCGGUGUGACGAUGGAGUCCAAAAGCUCCCCGCCGCGCGGACUGAGUGACGUCGUCUUGAGCGUCAAAUCACGCUUGAAAGUAUCAAUGGACUCCCCCGAGGAGCCGCCUGUCCGCGUUUUGGACGGAGACAGCGUCAUCUUCAGCUUUUGGGCGAAACAAGCGUUGGCUUCUUCGCAAUCGCGAACGCUGACCGUCUCGGUGCAAGGCGCAUUCGAAGAAACUGGCCAAGGUGAAGUCCAAAUUGACGGAACGAGAUGGCGCCGAUUUUCUGUCACUCUGAAAUCAUCCAAAGAUCAGCAGCUUAAGGUACCACGUAUCAGCUUAGACGCGGAGGGCCCUGCAGUCAUGCUCACGGGCUUUGAAUUCCGGCAAAUGGCGGAAGCCAGCGUCGGUUUACCCAUCAAGGUGCAAAUUCAGGACUACGAUCCCACUGACACUAAGGAUUUUGGAUCUGCGUGCGUGCACGAGGGUGAACACGCAAUCACUGACUUGGGGGAUUGCGUGACGUUUUCUUGCAAAGGAACAAAGUUGAGCUUGGUUCACGGACAGUUUGUCACCGUGAACGCAUUGAGGGAUGUCAAGCUGACGGAGAUCAAAGCCGUGGGGUACACCACUAGCUGUCCCUACACCGCGGUAACUGACAUCGAGGGAUCGUACGACAUCGUUAUAAAGGACACAACGGGUCAAACUUCGGUGAAUACGCACAUCAAUGUCGGAGCUUUCAAAGGAGAAACGUUCGAAGAGACGGCGCAGCCAAUCUUGAACACGACGGACAAAUCCGAUCCUUUCAACGUGCCGAGCAAGGUGCUGCUCGUACUUCGGGAGGAUAACCUACGUAAUUCAGCUGUAGCGCAGGCGGGUGCGAAUGCGCGCACGACCGAUCAUGAUGUUUUCGAUGAUUCUCUUCACGGUGUGCUAAACGAUUAUGAUCACGGGAACUUGACGAGCGCGCGGAGAAGGCUUCUCGGGAAUACAAACAACAGAAAUUGUGACGAAAAGUUAACGGGCAAUGGGCGUUCGUACCGGGGUUGUCAAAGGAAAACGAGAAGUGGUAGAACUUGUCAAGCUUGGUACAGCCAGUCUCCACACAGACACAGUAACUUCAAAUGGAACCCCUGGUUCGACGCAGGCUGGCACAAUAAGUGCCGAAACCCCGACGGGAGCUCCACCAUUUGGUGCUAUACAACGGACUCGAGGAAGAGAUGGGAGUAUUGCGACCCGGUGCAGCCGCCAUCGCCGCCGCCACCGCCGCCGCCAUCGCCAUCGCCGCCGCCGCCGCCUGGGCGCGCAGUCGCGGGCAAAAUUGAAUGGUCUCUCCUUGACGGCGUGAAAAGCAAUUCUCGCGGUACUUUGUCCAAAACAAGAAGCGGAUCCAACUGGAAUGCCGGCGCGGUGAGUCGUCGGGCAAUCAGAGGACCGUCUGAUGCUGUGCACGGCAUCGCAGCCUCUUGCAAGAUGGGAGAGGACAUGAUGAUCGGGCUCAACUCUCAAUCGUCCGCCGCUGAGUCCGGGUACGAUAAAUUGGAUUUUGCGCUGUUCUGCGACGGUAGACGUACAAAUUGGUGGGGGAAAACUUACCGCUCGACAAAGUUGAGUGCGUACGAGAAUGGAAAAAAGGUUGAGCUGUCGAGUACUUCUUACAAUACCAAUCAGGUCUUGAAAAUCGUGAUCAACGAUGGAAAGGUUCAGUACUACCGUGAUGGCAAGUUGUUAAGAACGAGCUCAUCGAAGCCGAGGUAUCCAGUCCACGCAGACGUGUCAAUGCGUACGCCAGAUAGUGCCAUUUACAACGCGCACUGGCUCGAGCCUGCUCCACCGCCGCCGUCGCCGUCGCCGCCGCCGCCGUCGCCGUCGCCACCACCACCGCCGCCACCGCCGCCGCCGCCGUCGCCGCCGUCGCCACCGCCGCCGUCGCCGUCGCCGCCGCCGCCGUCGCCACCGCCGCCGCCGUCGCCACCACCGCCGCCGCCCGCGCAAGCGAAGUUGAACGAGAAUAUCGAUUGGGUGCAGCUGGACGGUGUCAAAGCAACACCAGAGGGCGAUGUCGUAAAAACAAGAACAUCGCACGGUUGGGAGAAAGGUGUGGUCGCUGGCGCAGUGAGUCGCCGCGCCAUCAAGACGCCCGACGGUUCCGUGCGCGGUAUCUCGGCCAAAUGUCCGCAGUUUGGAUCGAGGCAAAUGAUUGCGCUGAACUCGCAAUCGACCGCUGAUCCGGCGGACUAUCAAAGUCUGGACUUCGCCCUGUAUUGCGAUGUCGCUACUCAAACGCUCAAAGUGUACGAGAACGGACAGAGAGUUACAGCGGGUUGGAAACGCGGAGAUGGUAGCACACAGUUCUCAACGACCGAUACCAUUCAAAUUGUCAUCAAUGAUCGGGGACAGGUCGAGUACUUCCAAAAUCGGCUCCUCCUGUACACAAGUGCGAAGCGCCCGAAAUAUCCACUCCAUGCAGAUGUUGCGAUUUACCACGGUAAAUUAACGAACGUUCGUUGGGUUGAGGUGAUUCAUUCUCCACCACCUUCUCCCCCACCACCCUCACCGCCGCCGCCGUCGCCGCCGCCACCGUCGCCGCCGCCGCCGUCGCCGCCGCCGCCGUCGCCGCCGCCGCCAAUGCACGAUUUUGAUGAAACGGAUCUCAACGAUGACGCAAAAGUAGACAGGGCAGAGUUGAUCGCCAUCAUCGAAAAGGGCGCGAGCUUUCCAUCAAACGGGCAUGCCAUCGUCUCCGAUGAAAUAUGGAACAGCUUUGAUCACGACAAGGAUGGUUUCCUGAACGGAGCUGAAUUUACGCUCGUCGCUCAUCGCAUGGCUCUUCGCGAGAUUUUCAUUGAGCCCGUUCUCGUGUUCCCGACUCGAAAAUCUGUGAAUGAAUACGAUUUCAAGACGGUGCAGACAGUGGAUGAGCCACUCUCAAGUGAUUCUCAUGAAGACACGCGUCAUCAAGUGUUCUCACGGGCGUGUGAGAACAUCAUCGUGCCUCGCGUCUCUUCCGUUGUUAUUCCAUACUCAUCAGCCGGGUGGAAUGAUUUGUACAGGAAUUUUACACGCAUGCUGGGGGGUGAUCCAUUGACAAAGAUCACUGACUGUCGUCCUCUCGAAGAAGCGGAAUUUGAAGCGGUGGUUUUCGGUGAAAGCAGUUAUCAGUACAUCAUGCCCAUGCUUGGGAGUGCGGCUGGAUCAAACGCAAUCUUUAUCGAUUUAGAUGCAACAAAGUUGCACGAUCGCAUCAAAGAUGAUCCCAAAACGCUCUUUGAGCGCGUCAGUCGCCUUGGACUAGAGGUUUCACUUUGGUCACGACGACACAAGCCUGACGUCGUCCACGUAUUUGACCAGAACGACUAUGAUCAAGGAUACGGUGCUGAAAUAGUGCCGGAUCCAUCUCAGGAUAAAGUAUUCUCUGACUUCGCUGAAAUACAAGCCACGAAACUCGCCUUGAGUCAUAGAGGCACGAUCGAGAAGAAGUUUGCUGACGACACCGCAGUGAUUGUCACGGGCGCCGUCAUGUUCCCAAAAGAGUGGACCGAACUUUCGGAGUGCGGGCUUUUUGAGGCAGUAAUUGCGGUAAAGGAUGAAAGCGCUUCGAGCGACCCGGCAGUUUACAAGACGGACGAGGGUGGUUGGUUCGAAUUUGCGAUCACCAGUGGUAAAUCGUACACCAUAACAGCGAGUUAUCCGAACCACCGAAUUUGCUUCUCUGGUGGCACGAUCGACGAAGCGACUCGGCUUUGGAGUUGCGACAGCAAACCCGUCAGCGUACGCCUCAUUUCAGUGACUGAGACAACAUACGUGUUCUUCACAGACACGACGACGUCCAAUGUUGAUCUGGGAUUGUACCAAGGUGAGUGCAAUGCGUUGUACGGCGGAGCGACAUUUAAAGUUACCCCAAUUAAUGGCUGUCAUCCUCCGGCUUACUUUACAUCCAAAGAAAUUAACGCGUGGAUCGCACCGGAUCGAAACAAGAAAAAUGCAGAACAAAUUCCAAGCAGAGAAGAAAACGCCAACGGACGGAGAUGGCCCCUUGCUGCGCUGGACUAUUCAAUUACGAUAGAAGAGGGACCUUCAACGAGCAAUAUGAGCGCCAUGAUUAAGGAAAAGUAUCCCAACGCUGAGUGUGAGAUAGGCGCCGGUGGUGUCGUGCAGUACUUCCGAGAACGUCCGGAGGGACUUGAGCGGAUCGCCCCGAUGCGAACGGAACAUACCUGGAUAUCGAUAAGGUAUAAAUAUCAUGGCUACCUGUGCUCAGAGAUCGUCGAUCUUCCCCGCAUCAAGCGAGAUGAUGACAUCUGCUGGGAUCGGGAUUCAAUCAAAGAUGGUGGUAUUUUGCGACAACAUUUUGUCGGCGAUUCGCAAUUUUUCGACGAAUCGAGCUUACCAAUCUCCGACAAAUACGUGCGCGCGAAGGUUUUUGAAUUGCAUUUAUCGAAUGACAAGCUUGAGGCGUGCACGACUUUCCCGGGACCUAAAACCAAGACUCCGGACGCACGUUCAUGGGUAGAGUUCCGCCAAAGCAUUACGGACAUUGAAACGAAUCCGUGUCACACCAACAGAAACGGUGGACCGCUGUGCGAUUUCGACAUCUCGAUCGAUGGAGAUGGAUAUCUUCAGUUUCCCAUGGAAGACCAGACGCUAUCAAACGAGCGGCUCAUCAUUCCUGGUGUCCCGAGGUUCUCCGGUAAUUUCCGCAGAGCACUGGAGCUGCAUGUUUACCGCAACGAUGGAUCAAAAACGAUGAUCGUAAACACCCUCCGCGAACUUAUUUCUCUUGGCUCUAGACCUCGAGGUGAAGGCAUGUAUGGUGAAGACAGCGACGAUGUGUACUGGGCAACUGUCCCGUUGGAAGGUCUCGUGUAUACGACUGUACAUGAUCCGCCUGGAGGUAACUCUUACGCUGAGCUCAUGCUCGGAACUGAAGUGAAGAUGGAAAUUGCGACUACAGACCAGCAAUCGGCUUCCUUUAAGAGAUCGUACUCGGCUGGUGGUGGUGUUGAGGCAUCAUUGAAACAGGCGGUGGGUGCUAAUAUUGGUUACACUGUCGAGGGUACCUUUCAGUUUGAGCUGCCCAUCUUCAGUAUCGGCGUCGACUUCACACACGCCGAAGAUGGUCCAGAGUUCAAAGUGGCGCAAUCUCACGGUGGAGGCUGGGAUAUGAUAGCGAAUACGAAUCGCGUCAUACGUACGAGCACGGAUGUUGCGAUCCCUGGAAGAUCUGGCGACGUCAUUUUAGGUGGUGGCGUCGAGCUGGUGUAUAAAAUGUCAGACUCGCUUGAUAUUCGCGAAAAAGAUUUGUGUCUCGAAGUGACACAAAAGAUAACGUGGCUACCAAGGAGGCCGACGUCUUACGUGUUCCUCGUGCACACCGUCGAGGCUAUGGUUAUUCCUAACCUUAGGUACUUGUUAGCUGUGGUGCAAGCUGGAAACAACAUCGCUGGGGACACAUCUGGGAUGACACACAUGGAAUGGCCCUCAUAUUUGACGGGCAAAAUUGCUGCAUGGGAAAGAACACUUCAGUGGUCGUCACCUAGAGUGUACAAAACUCCAGCACCUGGGAGUGUCCAGUAUAAGCGGAACACUAGCGCCGUCGAUCGUAUCAUGACACCGUUCCUUGACGAGGAUUCCUUGAUGGGCGCCGAGGCCCAGUCCAAACUAGUAGAGUAUCGUCAGUUCUUGACCCAGGACGUGUCCGACUGGGAUGGUGACGAUUCAUCAGAUCUCUUGCCUGCGCUGAAGCAGCAAUGGACUUCCCUCGAUUCCCUCGAUGGCACCUCUUUUGCAAUCGAUGGCCCAGGAGGCGCUUUUGACUACGCGAAUGGUGCCGAAGGAUCUGUUACGAAACUUAAGGACAAGAUUGAAACUCCGUCGCCUGAUGGCGACUGGAAUCAGUUAUCCGAUGCUACGGCGAGCUCUGAUAAAAAGUUAUGGAUGGCGAGAAAGAACAGGUUAACAGACGCCAAUUUUCUGAAGCGCCUCAAUGUGGACGACGAUUCGGCACCGACAACAAUGGGCAUGAACAGCGCGACGCGACGGGAUUUAGAUGGUGUUUAUUACGCAUGCAGGCGAGAAAAGUGCAGCACUGGCGAGCUCGAUCGACGCUUGCAACUCAUUGGUCCCUCAGGCAGCGAUUCAACUUCGGAACGCAGACUCGGUGAGUUUAACCACUUUCAAGUUUCGCUCGAAGACACUUCGAGAGUCAUGGCGUCGUUCACUGGUCGUGAGGGACCGCUUGGUUUCGGCCCAAAGGAUUCCGCAUCAGAAGAAGGAACGAUAUUGCUUUCAUUUUCAGGCGGCGGGCCGUCGACGGAAUUCAUUUUUUCAUCAAAUGAGAACAUUGCAGGAGAAGCUUUCUCGUGGACUCUUGGUAUGCAGGCCUCGGCUUCAAAUGCUAUCGGAUUAGCAGUUGGUAUAACCGUCGCAAAGACUCACUAUAAACACUCAGCGUCCAUGAGCAGAGAUGUCUCGAAAACUCGAGCUGUUGCGUGGGCAAAGUACGAACGUAUGAGUACUGUGUAUUCUCUCGGAGAUCCAGAAUUCGGUGAUAAGUUCGUCGUUCAAGUUAGUUCGGAUGUCAGAUUUGGAACGCCAGUCUUUAUAACGCAAGGUGGAAGAAGCAAAUGUCCUGGCGAAAGACUCACCAUGUUCCGCGAGGCUGGUUUCAAGAUCACGCGGGACACGACGCAUAACGAACGUUUGAAUCCAGGAGAACACGCCAUCAUACAGCUCAAGAUAGUGAACGAAUCCCCGUACAAAGAACGCGCCAAUAUGGGACUGCGUCUCGUGGAUGGCACUGCCGACUGCGUUCAACGAAUUGUCUUCGCCGCGAUGCGUGCUGCUGAGCUUGACGCGGACGACGCGAACAAAGUACAGUCAGCCGUGAACUCCACCGCCGACGGCCACGAAUGUUUAGCGUCGGAAUCAAAGGACGUAAAAAAGCUCAAAUCUGAUGUCGCGUCCCUGAUGGAUGAUUACAACGCGAUGGCCACGAAUGCAGGGAUGAGUCUCGCCAGAACUAUUGCGAAAUUGACUCAAACGUCCGCCCCUGCGGGUGAGGCACUUCAAGGGAUGAAAUUUGCGAUAAACGGGAUUCACAUGUGGGCUUUCGGAGAGGUCUUGCCACUCAAACGGCUCGCCGGCGAUUUUUUGGACACGCAAAGUGUUGUUCACGAAAGCCAUCUUGCACUGUCAGUGGAGCCGGCUGACGGACUCUACGAAAGUCUCCAUCUUGGUGUUUCCCUUGUCAGCUUGUGCGAGUCGAUGAUCGAAUCGUACAUGGAUCGACCAAUAAUUUCCAGUACCACGUCACUUGGCGCGAUGUCUUGGAGUAUGAAGUGUCCAAAAGUAGCGUUCCAUCCGUCCACGCUCAACAAGCCGGAUGAUUAUUUCGUGAAGAGUGCAAAGUCUGAUUCCACCGUGCUGAAGCUUCUCGCCAUCAAUCCAAAUCGCUAUUCACUGUGGCCCGACGAUCAGCUGUCUGAAAAUGCCCAGUUGGUAAUGAAUGAAGCAUUGCGUUAUGUGUACUUGCAGUAUCGUCCACUAACAGGCGGAGAGUGGCUCACAGCGAAGGACGAAAUCGAAGGAGAUGGUACGGACAAAAAAUUCAACCUCCUGUGCCCAGAUUCGCGCGGCGACGGCUGCGCGUUCGAUUGGAACUUGAACGACAAAUAUGAGAAACUAUUGAGUGGAUAUAAAGACGGAAGAUACGAAAUCCGCUUGAAGACGUACUGUGUCGGUGGUUCGCACCUCGCCGACGAAGCGGUGCACUCUUACGUGAGUGAUCAAACACUUGUGUUGACGAUCGAUACGAAGACCCCACUCAUCGGCGCCCUGAGCUACGUCAACUCACAGACUACGCAGCGAGUUGAUUUCAUGGAACCUAUUGACUGCACUGACCAAAAAGUAAGUGUUCAGCGAAGCGAUUCCUCGACCGGGACAUUCGAGAAGGUCACUGAGGAAGAUCUUAAGAACUCAGCGUAUCCGUUUGUUUUCCAGUGUAUGAACGCCGGAAACAUGGGUUACUGGCUACUCAAGUUCCCUUCUAACGCCCGCGGGUAUUAUAAAGUAUCCGUAGGUGCAGUCCACGACAUCGCAGGUAAUGCGUGCGACGAAUUCAGCUUUGUUGCUCCAGUACGCGUUUCUGGCUCGACGGGCAGUUCGACUAUUUCGACGCGUCUUGGUUUCUUGCCUUCUCGACGCUCGGAAAGGGUGAGAACUCGAAAGGUGCGCCUCGAUACUACCGUUGAUAUAGCGUCGACUCUGAUUUUCUGUUUCAUCGCUCUUGUCGCGAUUGUCGCGCUCGCGUCGCGAGCGCGAAAGUACGCGAGAGUCGACGUUCGGGACGGCUCUGGCGACGAAAAAGUACAUCUCAACAACGCAGUGGACGUCCAACGCUACGGGGCUGCGGUUUAA